GCUAGCACGCAAGGAAUCGCCGUGGUAAUUACACGGCCGCGUGGCCGGACUGCACCGCAGCGGUGGCGGCAGCGCUGAACACGCCCAGAAUUCAAGAGCCCCUUGGCCUUGGCGCACGCACCUACCUACCUACCUGCGUUGUCCUGUUCUUUCCCCUCCUGUGGCCGGACUACACCGCAGCGGUGGAGGCAGCGCUGAACAGCGACCGAGCGAGCUUCUCGCGGCCUUGUCUGGUCCGUAGCCGGGGGCGGCAGCUCGCGCCUCGCGGGAUCCCAUGAAGCGCGGCUCGGGGUGUCAGGGUUUGCCAACGGAGUUCACCCAACUAUGAUGAAUUAGGGAGGCAGUACAUGAUAGCGAUGGAAGUCAAUCAAACUUAUUUUGCAUGGUCACAAGGAGAAUCAACUGAACGGGAUGGUUCUCAAGGAUUAUCUGUAUCCCAGACACUUGAUCAUGGUUCCAUAUCCUUUGGAAGAUUUGAGUUGGAGUCACUAUCGUGGGAGAAGUGGUCCGUAUUUACUAAUGACAGACGCAAUGAAGAAUUUGGAAAAUUCAAUGGUCUAGUCGCUCAGAAGAAGGCUUAUUUUGAAGAGUACUACAAGAGGAUCAGGGAACUAAAGGCUUCACAGCAGCAAAACCAGCAAACUGAACUUACUUUGGAAUACAGUGGUGAUGGCAGUGAUUCUAGCCAGACAGCAGAAGAUGAGCAGGCUGUUGAUCUUGAAACUCCCACUGGAUGCGGAACAGCUGUUGAUGAUUAUGUGGAAGAAGCUCCACAUGAAACCACCUCAGAGCAUGGAUUGCAGUGCUAUGAUGACCAAGGAAAUGAGAACUUCAAUACAGAAUUUUCCUCAUCUAAUCUUUCUUCGUCAGCUGGAGUUCUGCAGAAAACCAACCAGGAUGUUCGAGAAACUGUUCGUAAUGAUAAUUCUACCAGCAAAAUGGAUGUGGGGCAGCAGAAUGCCUGUUCUGGUCAUGAUGAUACUAUAACAGCAUAUGAAGCUUCAAGGAUUCCUAGAAGACUUGUUGAGAAAGAUUCCAGGCUUAGACACACUCCAAAGAUCAUACCGAAAUCUAUCAAAACCCUUUCAAAAAGUGCCCUGGAUUACACAUUUGCUAGUGAGAGGUCUGGUUCAGUGAAGCCCAGUACAAGUAUGAACCGGAAGACUAAGCCGGACAGCGUUCGUCCUUUGCAUAGGCCGAAUGCAGCACCCCGGAAGAUGGCUAGCACUGCAGAAAGUAGCAAGGUUACAGGUCUCAGAAGACCUUUCUCAGCAUCUGCUCAACAGCCCUCUACUGGAGAGAGGCACCCCAUCACCAGGGAGAAUUCAAAGAAGCCUGCUGAUGUUUCCUCCCUGCGACGACCUUCCACUUCUGAAAGACUCCCAGUCACCCGAGAUAGUGCACAGAAGCAAGCCAAUGUCAUCACACCACGCCGGCCUUCUACUUCUGAAAGACACCUCGUCAAAAGAGAGAGUGCAGUGCAGCAUGCUGAUAUUUCCACUAUACGUUGGCCCUCUACAGGAGAACGACGCACUAUUACCAGGGAUAGUGUUCUGAGAACGGAUGUGAAGACGCCUAGCAAGGCAAGAGCAACUGUGGCUCAUCCAAGGGGCGAAACAACCACAGUGGGCAAUCUGAAAAAUGCUGUCACUCCAAAUGCUGCUAGAAGUAGCAAGCUGGAAACAAAAAGCAAUAACAACAGACCGAAGGGUCCUUCAGCAUUGGAUAGUCACUCUACUAGGUCAAAAAGAAUGGACUUGCAAGUGUCUGGCAAACAGAAAUCAAGCUCUGUUAACCUUUCUCCAAGGAAACUUUUCAGUUCUAGUGUUGGAGAGCCAGCAGUAGAAACCUUUGCCAGGCCAAAAAAGAAAGAGGGCAUUCAAGUAACAAUGCAAUCUCGAGCAUCCACAUCAAAGAAAAUAACGCCUUUGAAGACUAGAAACGUAAAGGCGAGGGCUCCAAACCCACCGCCACCACCGCCACGUCGGCCAUCACGAAUGAUGAGCAAACCAAAUGCCAGUAACCCAUCGAUCGUUGGAAGAAAGCCAAAGGCUUCAGUACCACAAUGCCAUUGAUGCAGUGGAGACUGGGGAGCCUUCAAUCCAGUGGUGUGGAGAGUAUGAUGGAUCUGAGAAACGUUGUGCCGUUGUCGUACACGCAUCUAAAAGCAUCUACAGCGUAAUUCACUUCUCUUGUACGGCGUAUUUGUAAAUCUCAGUGCCCCUCCGUUCGCCCUUCUCUUCCUCGCAGAGAAGCUCCAAGUGUAGUCUAGCGCAUGUAGUCACGUGUAUCAUAUCCACCAUUGCUUAGCUUCGUCGUCCAAUUAGAACAGUGUAAAUACCCGAAAAUAAGUUGUUGUUUAGCUAAAGUAAGUUCGGCCCAAAAUUUGUGAACAUCUAUGGUAUGUCGGUAGCAAUGAAAGUCCUCUUUUUUUUU